AUGCACAAUUGUCGUUGGCGAUCAUCCGAUCCAAUUGCACCCUGCGAUCCUGCGAUCAUACAUCGCUCAGCACGCCGCCCCACGAGCUCACGUCGCGUCGCCGUCGCUCGCUGCCCUCCAUUCGCCCAUUCUCGCUGCGAGCCUCUGCCGGCCUGCGGCAUCGCCAUGCCGCUCCUCUUCCUCCUCCUGCUCCUCCUCCUCCCCCUCCCGCAUUCCACCGCUGCCUCCCACGGCAGCGGCGGGGGAGCAGCGGCGCGCCUGAACGGGCUGGCGGAGGACCCGCUGGCGGACGACGACUCGUUCGCGCGCCUGGCGGAGGCGGACAAGCGGCGGUGGGCGCAGGGCGCGGCGGAGGACGCGGGGCUGGCGGCGAAGAUGCGGCGGCUGGCGGAGGUGAAGGUGGUGACGCGCGUGCACGUGCGGCUCGUGGGGUUCGACGGCGACCGCGACGACAACAGCAACCUCCGCGUGCAGCCCGUGAGCGGGGGGGGGGGGGAGGGGGGCGGUGAGCUCCGCGCCACGCCAGCAGGGGAAGCAGAUGCGGGGGAGAAAAGGACGAGGGAGAGAAGGAGGGAUGGUGGGCAGAAGGGCGGAGGCGAUCCGGCAAGGAGUGAUGCGAGGAGUGGCGCGGAGGGGGUGGCACUGGAGGAGGCGAGGGGAGUGUGCGGGGAAGUUGAAGGAGAAAGGCCAAGUGCGGGGCUGCUGCGCCUUGCUCCCUUCCCCGUAUGCUCGCUGACACUCUCACCGCAUCUGCAUCCGUUGUACCAUGCAUGUCCCCUGUGUGUGCUCACCACUUGGCCGCCCAUGCCGCCACGCUCCCUCACUUGCACUCUCCAUCUCCCUGCUGCUGCCAUGCCAUGCCAUGGGGGGCGAUUGCUGUGGGGGGGGGGCAUUGGCGUGUGGGUGGGUAUUGAUGUGUGGGGAAGGUGA